UGUGGCAUUACAAGCAAUCAAAAUCCGCACUCUCAUCGCAAGUUGUUCUGCACUGCUAGUGGCGUGCUUGGAAAAACAUUCAUUUAGAAAGAAUAUUUGUGCUGAAAGAUGUCGUCCCGCUACGAUCGUGCUAUUACUGUGUUCUCACCGGACGGCCAUCUGUUGCAGGUCGAGUAUGCUCAGGAAGCGGUUCGCAAAGGGUCCACCGCCAUUGGCGUCCGCGGGAAGGAUGUUGUUGUGCUUGGCGUGGAAAAGAAGUCGGUAGCGAAGCUGCAGGAAGAGCGUACGGUGCGUAAAAUCUGCCUGCUCGAUCACCACGUAGUGAUGGCUUUCGCCGGGCUUACGGCCGACGCCAGAGUGCUGAUCAAUCGCGCCCAAGUCCAGUGCCAGUCGCACAAGCUGUCCGAGGAGGAUCCCGUAACGCUGGAGUACAUCACCCGGUACAUCGCGGAGCUGAAACAAAAACACACCCAAAGCAACGGCCGUCGUCCGUUCGGCAUUUCGUGCCUCAUCGGUGGCUUCGAUUACGAUGGGGUACCGCACCUGUACAAAACGGAACCAUCCGGCGUCUACUGCGAGUGGAAGGCAAACGCUACCGGCCGGUCGGCGAAGACGGUACGCGAGUUUCUCGAGGAACACUACUCGCCGGAAGCAGUAAGUACGGAAAAAGGAACCAUCACCCUGGCCAUCAGAGCGCUGCUGGAGGUCGUACAGUCGGGACAGAAGAACCUCGAGGUGGCGGUCAUGAAGCGCGAUGAACCGAUGCGAAUGCUGGAUGCACAAACCAUCGAGGAGUACGUUAAAAAGAUCGAACAGGACAAGGAGGAAGAGGCAGAGAAGAAAAAGGCAAAGAAAUGAUUUAUCAAAUGUAUCACCUCGAAGCUCUGCAUUGUUGUGCUUAGUUACGCCUAAACGGAAGGUUCGGGAGCAUCAAGUCUGAAGUGGAGGGUUUAAAAUACAUCUUAUUCUAAUUGAUAAAAUCAAUUGUCAGUUCUUUCUUUUGAAUACAAUAAAGUAAGGUAAUUUUCGGAAA